GACACAAAGAGGCAGACAGCCCGCACCGUGAGAGCGCGUUGUGUUUUGUGACCAGUGCGUUCAAUUAUUCGUAAUAGAAAAUCAUGUCGGACGUUUUAGAUCUUCAAGGCGAGGCCGGUGAAUUCGAAGAUGAAGUUGAAGACGAUGAACAAAAUGUGAACAAGUUGAAAGAAAGAGUCAAACGACGUAAAGGUCGAGGAUUCCGGGGUGAUGGCACCGCACGCGAAGACAUCCGAGACUACGAGGCCAUGGAAGCGGACGCCGGCGAUCAGUCGGGUCCCGGUCCCCAGAGAUCAGUCGAAGGUUGGAUCUUGAUUGUUACCGGCGUCAAUGAGGAGGCACAGGAGGACGACAUUCACCAGAAGUUUGCCGACUAUGGCGAGAUCAAGAAUUUGCAUCUCAAUCUUGACCGCCGUACUGGAUUCCUGAAAGGAUACGCCCUGGUGGAGUUCAGCUCGUAUGCCGAAGCUCAGAAAGCCAAGAAUGAGCUCAACAAUUCGACUAUUUUCGAUCAAGAAAUCAAGGUCGACUGGUGUUUCGUGAAGGAGCCGAAACGACGCGGUUUCAGAGGACGCCAUUAGGGGAAUAGUAGCAGCGAUUUCUCUCCUUUCUGUACACAUCACCAGAGCUCGCAAGAGCUCCACGCUCCUCGAGACGGGCGCAAGGUCGGCCGUCUCGCGCAGCCUUUCCAUUUUCUGUUCAUUUGAUUUUAUAUCAUAAAUAAAGUCCCUUCAACCU